CGACAGAGGCGAGUUCCGAAUCCGGAGCGAGACGGAGCCGCGGGCGCCGCCGGAUCCGCCCCUCGCAUCCCGGCCCCCGGGCGUCCGCGCGCUCAGGCCCCAGCCCGAGGCCGACUGGAGGUGCUUCUGCGGCCCCAGCACCCAGCUCCGGAAAUGCCAGGGAUGCAGAUAGGGCAGAAUUUGUUUUCCCUUUGUAUCGCGUGAAAACGUGCCAGGUUCUGGUUGCUGGAACCGCCUAAAACAACAAGAACCCCUGGGAAGCCAGGGCAUGCUCACGGAUUUUCAGCUGAAGAUCCAUAAGGAAGUUUUACAAUAAAUUUGGAGACCUGGAACAAGCCCUGGCGGUUGGAUCUUUUAUCAAGCAGAAAUGCAUCGAACAACCAGAAUCAAGAUCACUGAGCUAAAUCCCCACCUAAUGUGUGUGCUUUGUGGAGGGUACUUCAUUGAUGCCACAACCAUAAUAGAAUGUCUACAUUCCUUCUGUAAAACAUGUAUUGUACGUUACUUGGAGACCAGCAAGUAUUGUCCCAUCUGUGAUGUCCAAGUUCACAAAACCAGACCACUACUGAAUAUAAGGUCAGAUAAAACUCUCCAAGAUAUUGUAUACAAAUUAGUUCCAGGGCUUUUCAAAAAUGAAAUGAAAAGAAGAAGGGAUUUUUAUGCAGCUCAUCCUUCAGCUGAUGCUGCCAAUGGCUCUAACGAAGAUAGAGGAGAAGUUGCAGAUGAAGAUAAAAGAAUUAUAACUGAUGAUGAGAUAAUAAGCUUAUCCAUUGAAUUCUUCGACCAGAACAGAUUGGAUCGGAAAGUAAACAAAGACAAGGAGAAACCUAAGGAGGAGGUGAAUGAUAAGAGAUAUUUACGUUGCCCAGCAGCAAUGACUGUGAUGCACCUAAGAAAGUUUCUCAGAAGUAAAAUGGACAUACCUAAUACUUUCCAGAUCGAUGUCAUGUAUGAAGAGGAACCUUUAAAGGAUUACUAUACACUGAUGGAUAUUGCCUACAUUUACACCUGGAGAAGGAAUGGUCCGCUUCCUUUGAAAUACAGAGUUCGACCUACUUGUAAAAGAAUGAAGAUCAGUCACCAGAGAGAUGGACUGACAAAUGCUGGAGAACUGGAAAGUGACUCUGGGAGUGACAAGGCCAACAGCCCAGCAGGAGGUAUCCCCUCCACCUCUUCUUGUUUGCCUAGCCCCAGCACUCCAGUUCAGUCUCCUCACCCUCAGUUUCCUCACAUUUCCAGUACUAUGAACGGAACCAGCAGCAGCCCCGGCGGUAACCACCAAUCUUCCUUUGCCAAUAGACCUCGAAAAUCGUCAGUAAAUGGGUCGUCAGCAACUUCUUCUGGUUGAUACCUGAGACUGUUAAGGAAAAAAAAAUUUUAAGUCCCUGAUUUAUAUAGAUAUCUUCAUGCCAUUACAGCUUUAGAGAUGCUAAUACAUGUGACUAUCGUCCAAUUUGCUUUCUUUUGUAGUGACAUUAAAUUUGGCUAUAAAAGAUGGACUAGAUGUGGUAUUCAUAUGGACGUUAAUCGAAAAGAAAGAUUGUUCCUACAAAUUGGUUUCUGAGAAGGCAGGCAAGAUGUUUUCCUGUGUGUUAGGAAAGAUGGGAAAUGGUUUCUGUAACCAUGGUUCGGAUUUGAAAAUACUCUGCAGUGGAUAUAAACAUUGGGCCAUAGUUUGUUAAUCUCAACUAACGCCUACAUUACAUUCUCCUUGAUUGUUCUUGUUAUUAUGCUGUUUUGUGAACCUGUAGAAAACAAGUGCUUUUUAUCUUGAAAUUCAACAAAUGGAAAGAAUAUGCAUAGAAUAAUGCAUUCUAUGUAGCCAUGUCACUGUGAAUAACGACUUCUUGCAUAUUUAGCCAUUUUGAUUCCUGUUUGAUUUUUACUUCUCUGUUGCUACACAAAACCGAUCAAAGGAAAGUAAACUUCAGUUUUACAAUCUGUAUGCCUAAAAGCGGGUACUACCGUUUAUUUUACUGACUUGUUUAAAUGAUUCGCUUUUGUAAGAAUCAGAUGGCAUUAUGCUUGUUGUACAAUGCCAUAUUGGUAUAUGACAUAACAGGAAACAGUAUUGUAUGAUAUAUUUAUAAAUACUAUAAAGAAAAUAUUGUGUUUCAUGCAUUCAGAAAUGGUUGUUAAAAUUCUCCCAACUGGUUCGACCUUUGCAGAUACCCUCUGUUUGAGCCUUAUCAGCAUAGAAUAUUUUUAAUGUGGCUUUCUCAUUCUAAAUUCUAUUUCAUUGGAAGCAAUUGGCAAAUUAUAAUACUGAUUUUCUCUAGUAAUACAUAUUUACUUUUUAAAUUGUUGCAGUAAAGAAAAACUUUUAACUAAGGAAUUUGGAAAUAGUGUCUUCAUUUCCUAUUGCUUUUGAUGGAAUGAAUGUGUUUUUAAAAUGCGUAUCCAUCACUAUAAUUCUAAAACAAAUUUUUAAGUAAACCAGGAAAUUGCUGGAAGAAGGCAUUUUAUCUGAAAUUAUUUUAAUAUGUUGGAUAGCAGGAAUUUCAAAGUUAAGAGUUGCAUUUACAGCUAUGAACAAUGACAUAUGUCCUCUCUCUAUUGUCUUGAAAUAGAAGCAAUUUAUUUUUAGCUUCUCCAGGUAUUAAUUUUUAAACAGAGUGAACAUGUUGAAUUUAAAAUAUGAAUAAUCCCAACAGUUUUCAGUUUGUGUUUUGCUUUGGUCGAACUUGGUGUGUGUUCAUCAGCCAUCAGUUAUUUGUGAGGGUGUUUAUUCUAUAUGAAUAUUGUUUCAUGUUUGUAUGGGAAAAUUGUAGCUAAACAUUUCAUUGUCCCCAGUCUGCAAAAGAAGCACAAUUCUAUUGCUUUGUCUUGCUUAUAGUCAUUAAAUCAUUACUUUUACAUA